GGCAGGCGCUUCCCUUCCGCCAUGGAGGCCGGCCAGGUCAAGGUGGCGGCUUUCUACCCUUACCCUUACCCGGCGCCUAUUCCCGGGCCCGCGCCCCCGCCCGCCGUCGUUCAUGUCCGGCAGCCCCGGGACUACGUAGUGUGGUCCCUGCUGAGCACUUUUUACAUGAACUUCUGCUUCCUGGGCUUCGCCGCCCUUGUCUUUUCCAUCAAGUCAAGGGACUGUAAAGUGAUGGGUGAUCCUGAAGGCGCUUCUAGGAAUGGCAUCCGAGCCAAAUACCUGAAUCUUGCUGCAUUGACAAUGGGCAUCGUGUUCUUAAUUGUCUCCAUUACCAUGAUUGCUACUGGCGUUUCACUCCUCCAUCGACAGCUACAGAAGGUUAUAGGCGACUUCCAUGAAUCGAAUAUGGAACCUUGAAUGGCCAAUAAGAAAUAUACCUAGAAUUUAUUCUUCUCAGCAUUGUUAGAAAUUUUUCUUCUAUGUUAUACCUGUCUUUUGGUUUCACUUGAAAGGAAUGAGGCAUUCUACAGAGAAGUUUAAUAAUAUACGUGGAAAUGCAAAUACAGUAUGCAUAUUCAUUCCUAGAGCUUUAUAGCCAUUGCUUAUAUAAUAAUAUCAAACUGAGAUUUGGAUAAUCAUCUAGGGCAAAACACUUCUGGAAAAGCACAAAGUGAAUGAUGGCUUCUGUAUUCCAAGAUUUCAGUUUGUGACUCCCCCCCCCCAAUAACUCAUGAGAACUAUAAUUAUAAUUGUUUUCUGUUUAAUUUUUUUUCAGUAUUUUCACAAUUUCCUUGCAUGACAUUUGUUUCAA